AUGGCAAGUGAAAACAAUACGGAUAGUCAUAUUUAUGAAACAAAUAUGAAUGUUGUGAAACGCAGAAUUGCAGAAUUCUGGAAUCGUCGUUUCUUGAGUUCCAAUUUAGUCGUAGAUAGUCCAGAAGAACCCCAAACAUCAAGACAGUCUAAAGCAAAUUCUAGUGUAAAUAGUAACACUGAAACAGAAACAGAUAAACCAAAAAAACGAACCUAUCAUAAACAACUGGAAAGCGAUGAAAUUAUUGCAGAAAAAGUGAAAUUGAUACAGCGAGGAGAUAUUGCAACACUUAUUAAGAAUGAAAAAACUGGAAAAUAUAAAGAAAAACUAUCAGUACCAGCAAAAAAGAGUUGCAUGCUAAUUCUAAAUAAUGACAAAGCACCGCCAAUACCAAAAUAUCUAUUAGGAAAAAGUUUUCAUAAGAAUCACUUGCAUCAUAACAAAUGCGAUGAAAAUAAGCAACCCAUUGAAGUAUCUUCCAAUGAUAAUGGUGGUCCUCACAUAAAAAGUAACUUAUCCGAAGAACAUGAUGAAGUCAUUAAAAUAAAAGAGCAACUACUAGAGUUAUCCUGUAACACUUCUGAAAGCUCAAGUUUAAAAAGAAAUUCAUCCGAAAAAGAUGAGAAAAUCAUAAAAAAAUCUAAAGUUAGUUCUGAAGUUUCGGUUUCAAAUAUGAAUGAACUAUUACCUGCCGUGUCUGUUGUCGAAAUUGAUGAAAUAUCGGAAAAAGAAAUAGAAGUGACGCAUGAUACGAACACAAAUACACUAGAUCAGUAUAACGCGCUUUCGUUUAAGUCUCCUAAAUCUUGGUACACUUCGGACACAAUUAAUGAUUAUCUUAAAUUGAUAGUGAAAAGGUCCAAUGGCGAAGUUCAUUCAGUCGUUACUGACUUUAUACCAGCAUAUCUUCGAGGAGGUUAUCCAGCAGUAAGAAGAUGGAUUAAAAAAGAUAUCCAUUCAUUUAAGUUACUUUUUGUGCCAAUGAAUGUGUAUGGCGAACAUUGGAUAUUGACUGUUGUAAACGUACCCGAAAAAACUGUGACAUCUUAUGACAGUCUUAAGUCAUAUGAUGGUCCUUAUCCUAUGGUAUUGAAAGAGUAUCUAACUGACUGGGAGAUGGAUAAAAAGGGAGCAGCUUCGUCGUGGAUUUUAAAAAUCGGUGAGACGACUCGUCAAACUAAUGGUUAUGACUGUGGUCCAUUUACGGUCGAGCUAGCCGAAAAAAUGGCUCGAGGAGACACAACUCCUAUAAAUGCAAGUCUUAUGCCUUCUGUAAGAUUAAGACACAGAGAAGAAAUUAUAGCUGGCCAACUAUUUCUAUAA